AUGGGGAGAAAGGCAAUAUUAGCGGUCGUGUGUUGGCUGGCCAUAAGCCAGGCCUUUGGUGACAAAGGCAAAGCUGCGCAGUUAGCAGCAGUCAAAGACAAUGAGAGUGCAGAGAGUGCCCCGCGCCUGUACCGUAACGUUCCUCUCGGAGUGUAUGCCAGUGCCGCGCCCUACGCCUCCUACUCGUUCCACCUGCCGCAAUUCAUCCCUGUGCCCAACGCUGCUGCCUCGCAAGUCGCCCCGGUGCAGCAGAAGCCAGUGAAUAAAAAUGUUAACACAUAUUUAAUGGACUCCUAUGGAAACAGAUACUUUGAAGGCCCCCAGCAAGCUCCGUAUAAGGCUGCAUUCCCCCAACAGUAUGUGUCGCUUCAGCCGAAAUUGCCGGAACAUUUGGCCCAACCAUUAGUCGCUGCGUCUCCCAACUUUCAAUUCAAGCAGUCAGCUCCGCAAGUGUUCUUUGGUGCGCCCUUCAGAGUCCCAGCUCUCCAGAGUCCGGCCCCGACUCCACUCAACCAAUUUCCUAGUUUCGGACACUUAAUGUAUGCAGGGAAUGUUCAAAGCUUAGCGCCCACUUUAAAUACUCACAAUAACGGCUUUAGAGCUCCAAACGCACAGCAACAGUCGACAAACAACAAAGCAGUAUUUUCCAAUACACAGCCGCUUGAGCAAUACAGCAAUUUGAAAAAUCAACCGACGUUCCAGAGGCAGCAAGAAUUACCUGAUGUAAUUGUAGGCAAACCUAAGAUCCAAAACGUCCAGGAAAAAGGGCCUGUGUCGCAUGGUGAACCGAAGUUUCAGCGCAUCCAAGAAAUUCCCCACGGUGCUCAUGGUGAGGUGAAGUUCCAACGUAUUCAAGAAAAACCCAAUAGUGACAGUAGUGAAUCCAAGCAUCAACAAGUACACGACAUCUCACAUUCCUCCUAUGAACAUCCGAAGUUCGAACGUAUUGAAGAGAGCAGUCCACAUGCGUCACAUGAGGAAGUGAAAUCACAUCGUAUUCAUGAAAUACCUCACGAGGAACACGGAGGGCCGAAAUACCAGAGAUUCCAAGAAUCACCUGAAGUGGUCCACGUCGAACAUAGUUAUGAACCACGACAAGAAGCUCCAAAGCCUGUGGAGAAAAAAGCGCCCGGAACUAAAGCUCGGUUACAAUCAGCUCCUGCCAAACAAACGACUAUCACUUAUGUUAACGAGUUCAACGGAAAGAAAAAUAUUGUGAAAGUGAAAAGUGAACCCCUUCCUCUCUUAGACUUAACUCUUCUUGAGCCUCUGACGUUUGCAAACCCUCUGGUACCUCAAGUGCAACACUUUUUGCCGAGAAUCAACCAGGCAACGUACCAAAAAUUGCCGCAACCUAAUAUCGGUGACGUCAAAAAUUAUCAGAAAGAGUUUGUGGUACAGAAGACAAUGUCAUAUGACAGCGGGAACAUCAAUGAAAAGCCACAGAAGCAAGCAAACAAGAAGAAAGACAAGAAACCAACAUACAAACAGAGCAAAAAGAAUGAUGCUCCGAAGAAAACAAUAGUCACGCAUCACGAGACUCUUGAUGAUGCUCCAGAAAUUGUAUAUGAAAUCAAUGCACCUGGACAUAAAGAAACAAUCAGCGAAAAAACAAUCAGCUAUAACAAGGAAACACAGUCGGAACCGGUACAUUAUAGCUAUGGUUCUAAAUCUCAGAAAGAGCCCGUUACAUACAGUUUCUCCCGAUCAUCAAAGGAACCGCUACAAAUAAAGGAAGUUCAUUAUCAUGGUAACGGUCCGAUGCACCUCGUGUAUAAUUUCAAACCUGAGGAACAGCAUCAUCAGCAUCAUCCAGAGGAGGAACAACACCACCAGCACACUAACGAGCCACACGGUGAUGGAGAGAAUCACAAACAUCAUGAAUCAUCUCAUGAGUCCGAAAAUAGCGGUCCAGCACAUCAUCAUCAUCACCAGCAUACCGAGAAUUAUAAAGAUCACCCCAAAUCUUCUGAGGAGCAUCACGAACCACCUCACAAAGAACAAGAACACCACCGAGGUGCGAGUCACGAAAAUCAACAUGAGCCCGUGCAUACAAAUCAACCAAAAUAUUACCCCGGCUCAGGUCAAACCAAAAUACACUUCGAUUACGAACCCAUUACUCAGGAAUACGAAGAAGAUAUACGUUUGCUCGCUAAUGCACAAAUUAAAGUGGAUCCCAGUCAACAUGUGCAGCCAAAGUCUAAGGAACGUGAGCAGUCUCCUCAGGAGGACGAGGAGUCUCACCCGCCGCACAGACAUCAUCACGCCUCGCACGAGAAGCACUCGCAUCAGUCAGCACCGCAGCAAUCGCACCAGCACUACUCACCCCCACAGUCAGGCACGUACCACGGCCCCGCAGCACAUGUCAUGGAGAAAUCUAAACGCAUCAUAAUCCACGACGAAUCGCCUGAUGAAAUGCACAUGCACCAAGAACAAAUGAAAGAGGAAGUCAUUGACCGAGAAGAAAAUAAUGAAGAGGACUUUGAAAAGGCGUACAAAAAUGCUGCGAUUGGUUUCCCCGCAUACACCAACGAGGCCUUAGAAGCUGCAGAAAAAGAUAUUUUCGAUCCCGAAAGUUAUGGUGUUCCUCCCGACCACGUGGAGUAUAACAUUGAACACACCCCUUUCCAACAAUAUCAAGAAGAUGGCGACGAAUUCCCAAAAGAAGCUCGCUCGAGCUAUAAAGACUCAAGAGACAAAAUGAAAGAAAACUACUACACAGAUUACUCAAUUAGCAAGCCAGAAAGUUUACUCGAUCGAUACCAAAAUAAACUAGGCUAUUACAAGUUAUAUAAACAACAAAAGCCUGAUUAUUAUGUGUCCGACGAAAAAGAAGACGAUAAGAAAAAACAAAAACCAAAGUUCGCUAAGUACUCGGUGGCGCCUACGUUUGGCUUUCCCAAAAAAAAGGAGGAGAAGACAGAAUCUUUUUACGGUAGCCACAAACCAAAGCAACAGUUGUACGAAUAUGAUUAUUCGAAGGGAGCGCCGCGAGACAGUUCAGCGUUCGCGUCGCGACCCUUUCAAAGGUAUAGAAGCAAGACAAACUUCGUAGAGCCGCAGUUCCAGUACGGGUUCGAGCCGAUCACGAUACCAAAGCUUCUCGACAGCGAGCUCGCCGCGAUGGCGAGCAGCCAUAAUCCCGAAAGUGAAAAGCCGGGCAUGAGGAAGAAAGUCUACAAAGAAAACUGGUACAUAAAGAAAACGAGUACAGCCGCUGGGGCGCCGGCUAGCUGAUUAAGACUUAUUUAUUGUUGUGUUAAGUUUAACUUGUUAUAAUAGUAAAUUAAUAAAUUGUUAAUUAUUUAAA